AUGGCGACUACGCCUUCAGCCUCGGUCUUUACUCUGCCAUUGCCAUCCUGGCUUCAACCGUCAGGAUCUCGUGUAUCUCAGUAUGAUCGCAAACGCAAGAGUGUCGAAGAUGACGGUCCCGAUGACGAAACGACUGAUGUCGCGUCGAUAGAGACUGAGCCGGGCCCAUCCUUGGUACUGACACCAAAUGAAUCUCAUCAAUACCGUAUUGCCGGCUUUCCAUUUCACCAGGAGUUGCCUCAAGGCAAAUUCCCUCAUGGACCACCCCAGGAAGAUGAGCCCAAAAGGGAGACCAAUGCACGUUCACUGGAGGCGUUGGCGGAUCUGUCCCCUCCACUCUACCCUCCUCAAACAGCCGAACAAAGCAACAUUCGCUUUCAGCAUCUCGGUGUAAUGACCGCGAUCUUGCAUCGAUGUAUGCUUCAAGGCGACUAUGUUCGAGCAGGACGAGCCUGGGGCUUAAUUCUACGAGAGAAUUACCGAGGUUCUCCAAUGGAUGUCCGUAACGAAACAAGGUGGGGCAUUGGGGCAGAGAUCUUGCUUCGACGAGGUCAGCAACCUACUUCGGCCAGCCUUACUGGCAGCAAAUCCCCAAACGCAACCAAUAGUACGCUCUCCAGUUUCACCACGGCAGGCUUUGCGCAGGCUAGGGAAUACUAUGAACGGCUUAUCCUCAACCAUCCAUACACGAAAACUUCGCCGCAAUCUAUCUCUUCUUUGCAUUUUUACCCUGCUAUGUUCGGGUUGUGGGUCUAUGUGACCCAGGAAGAAAGCAAUACAGCAAGAGAGGGUGUUGCUACACGUCUUGAGGAUGACGAUGACGAGUUCUCUGACGAUGAAUCAGAGUCCGACCUCGGGCAACAUCGACAACAACGAGGCAAGAACGCCAUCAGCUCAAUCAGAGCUCGAGAAUUAGGGCAAGCGCAGCACAUUGCUGCUCGUAUAGAUCAACUUCUGGCAUCCCCUCCAUACUCUGACUCAGCUGAACUGCUUGAACUCAGGGGAAUGAUCUCGCUGUGGAUUGGCGAUUUGUUGAUCUCGUCAAUAGCAUUGCCGGUCGAGUUUGACGACGAAUAUGAUCACGAUCCCAUGCAACUUGACGAAGCCCCAGGAUUUUUGGAAGCCAGGCGCGAGUUGAGACUUGCCACCGACAAGAAAUCAGUCGAAGUAAAGAAAUCAGCCGAGUUCUUUGAGAAGGCCCAGAAACGCGGAAAGAAUCUCGCUCGGAAUCUGGAAAGCUUUCACAUCAGAGAGUUCAGCUAG